GCAUGAAACUGCCUGGGUAGAGAGAGAAAUAAACAAACAGUCGACAAUAACCUCAGAGGGUCCGUAUAACAGAAUCGUCAUCGUUCCUCGCGUCGCCGCCUUCUCUCCCCCACCCAAUCAAUAAAAUCCACGUGUCAGUAUUUCCUUUUCCUCUUUUUUCUUGUAUAAUAUCCACCCAAUCAACACAAGCAACGUUGUCAUCUUCCUUUUCAUCCUCUGUUUCUCUCUGACAAUGGAGUCCGGUUACGAAUUCGACGCGCUCUCCGAGUUACCGCCGCUUCCACAAGUGUACGCUCCUCCUCCCAUGGAGUAUUAUCAUCCUUACGACGACGACAUUGAAUCCUUACCUCCGUUUCCUCAGUCCGAUUUCACUCCUCACGGCGGCGGCUUCAUCACCUUCUCCGACACUCACCAAGACUCGUCUCUGUCGCUCCUCACUCGCGACUACCUCACCGAGUCGAACCUCUUCUCCCACGACGUCGUAGCCGCCACGCCGUUUCUCCACUUGCCAGAUCUCAAAUCCGUGGAAGAGCCGCCCUCUCUCUCUCUCGCUCCCCCCUCAGUGGCUAGACACAACAGUCAGCGUCAUGUCAACAACAACGCUAAAUCUGUAGCGUCUCAGCCUCCUGUUCACGGUGCGAGGAAGGUGUCGGACAGAAUCAGAUCCUUGGAGAAGAUCAUGCCGUGGGAGAAGAAGAUGAGCUUGGCUGCGAUUCUCGAGGAAACGCACAAGUACAUCACCUUUCUCCACUCUCAGAUCGCUUCUCUCCGUUGGAUGCCUCUCGACUCCGUCUACCCAGCCAAACCCGAAGAAGAAGAAGAAGAAGAAGUAGGGGAAGGCAACAGUCUGCUCAAAUCUCUGACGAGACAACAGCUUCUUCAAGUGAUUGCCAACUCUCCUGGCUCGCGAAACGUGCUCUACACGCAAGGUGUUUGUGUCUUCUCCUAUGAACAGCUUCUCUCCCUCCAGAUGAUGGCUGAAUCCACCAGAAACUUCUGAAAAAGCGAUAACCUACUUCCUCUGUUUUUUUUUUUUCUUUUGCUAAAUGAUGGUAACAGUAAAGCUACAAUAGCAUUUUAAUGGAGUUUGAUCCUAUGUUCUUCCC